AUACAAAGAAGAGUGGAAGUAAGCAAAGUUUUACUUGCGGAGAAAACAACACCGUGUUUGGUUCUUUCUCUUUUUUCUUUGCCCAAAAAGUUGAAAGAAUAGAGGGGCAAAAUUGAGAGCGCAUUUCCUUCUUCAAUAAACUUACUUACAAUGGAAGAGGGAAGGGUGGUGAGUGAGUACACUCAAGAUGGAACUGUGGAUCUUAAAGGGAAACCCAUUCUCAAAUCCAAAAGCGGUGGUUGGAAAGCUUGCUCCUUCGUUGUUGUGUACGAGAUAUUUGAAAGAAUGGCUUACUAUGGAAUAUCAUCAAAUUUGAUAUUGUAUCUGACAAGGAAGCUUCACCAAGGGACUGUGACCUCUUCGAACAAUGUGACUAAUUGGGUUGGAACCAUUUGGAUAACUCCCAUCUUAGGAGCCUACGUUGCUGACGCUCGCCUUGGCCGCUAUUGGACUUUUGUCAUUGCCUCCGUCAUCUAUCUACUCGGUAUGUGUCUACUUACACUAUCAGUGUCCCUUCCAAGCCUAAAGCCACCUGAGUGCCUUGAAAGGGAUGUCACAAAAUGUGAAAAAGCCUCCACACUACAGCUAGCUGUAUUCUAUGGUGCACUCUACACUCUUGCACUUGGAACCGGUGGAACCAAGCCUAAUAUUUCCACCAUUGGUGCUGACCAGUUUGAUGACUUUGACUCCAAAGAGAAGAGGCAUAAACUAUCUUUCUUCAAUUGGUGGAUGUUCAGCAUCUUCAUUGGGACCCUCUUUGCAAAUUCUGUUCUAGUUUAUAUACAAGACAAUGUGGGUUGGACUCUUGGGUAUGCUCUUCCCUCUCUUGGGCUUGCAAUAUCCAUCAUAAUAUUCUUGGCAGGCACACCCUUCUAUAGACACAAAUUACCCACAGGGAGCCCUUUCACUAAAAUGGCCAAGGUCAUAGUGGCUUCUAUAAGGAAAUGGAAAGUGCCCAUUCCCAGUGACUCUAAAGAACUAUAUGAGUUUGAUGUGGAAGAAUAUGCAAAGAAAGGAAAAGUCAGAAUUGAUCACACUCCAACCUUGAGGUUCCUUAACAAGGCAUGUGUGAAGACUGGUUCAAGUACUACUCGUGCAUGGAUGCUAAGCCCUGUUACCCACGUAGAAGAGACCAAACAAAUGCUCAGAAUGAUCCCCAUUUUGGUUGCUACCUUUAUUCCCAGUGCAAUGGUUGCUCAGAUAAGUACCCUUUUUGUGAAGCAAGGAGUUACACUUGAUAGAGGCAUUGGCAGCUUCAAUAUACCCCCAGCUAGUUUUGGCACAUUUGUGACACUGUCCAUGCUUAUAUGUGUAGUGCUCUAUGACCGUUUCUUUGUCAAGAUUAUGCAAAGGUUGACCAAGAACCCCCGAGGCAUAACCCUUCUUCAAAGGAUUGGAAUUGGCCUCAUAAUCCACAUAGUGAUUAUGGUAGUUGCAUCUAUGACUGAAAGGUAUAGGCUUAGAAUGGCCAAAGAAAACGGGGUAGUUGAAAAUGGAGGACAAGUUCCUUUGACCAUAUUCAUAUUGCUUCCUCAAUUUGUUCUUAUGGGAGUUGCUGAUGCAUUUGUAGAGGUUGCAAAAAUUGAGUUUUUCUAUGACCAAGCCCCAGAAAGCAUGAAGAGCCUUGGCACUUCCUAUUCAAUGACCACCUUAGGCAUUGGGAAUUUCCUAAGUACUUUUCUUCUCUCUACAGUUUCACAUGUCACUAAGGAACAUGGUCAAGGUUGGGUUUUGAACAACUUGAAUGCAGCUCAUCUUGAUUACUACUAUGCACUUUUGGCUAUACUAAACUUCCUCAACUUCAUAUUUUUCCUGGUUGUGGCAAAGUUUUAUGUAUAUAGAGCUGAAGUUUCAGAUUCCAUAAAAGUGCUUGCUGAAGAGAUGAAGGAGAAAACGGCCAUUGUGUCAAACCAAGUGAUUACAAGAGAGUAAUUAGUUGAUGAAAAUUAAUUUGGGGUAGUUUUGUUCAUUUGGAUGCCAUUUCAUGUUUUAAGUGAUUUUAAUUGAAUUAGUUAUUGGAGUAUAUGUCAUGGCAUAAGUUAUAGGAUCUUAACGUGUGAUUAUUUGGAUAUUGGACCUAACCUGUUUAGUCUUUAAGAAACGUCACAUACAUUGUGUAAGGAACAACGUAGGAGAAGGAAGUAUUUUAUUUUUAUUUUUCCUUUUAUCAAUGUGUACGCUUAAAUACCUAUUUGAUACCUAUUAAUGAAUAUUUAUGUUAGUAUUUUUUUU